GAAGAAAAAAUUGGGUUAUGUUUAGAGCGGUCAAAAAAAAUCUUUCAAAAUAUUGCAAAAUUUUUUUAUAAUUGGAAAUUUACUAAUUUAAACAAACUGAUAAAAUGAAUAACUUAAUGAAACAUAAAGUUCAAGGCUUGAUAACUUGUGUCCUUAAAAAUGCUAAAGUGUCAUCUACUAUUUCGCGAAAUUUUAACAUCGAAAAUAGAUUCCAAAUUAAAGAUGAAUUCGAGGGAAGACCGUUAUAUUUAGAUGCACAGGCGACUACACCUUUAGAUCCACGAGUGUUGGACGAAAUGAUGCCUUAUUUAACAUCGUAUUAUGGAAAUCCACACUCCAGAACACAUGCUUACGGAUGGGAAUCAGAAGCUGCUGUAGAAAAAGCCAGAGCCCAGGUGGCUAGUAUCAUAGGUGCUGAUCCAAAAGAAAUCAUAUUCACAUCUGGAGCAACAGAAAGUAACAAUAUUGCAAUCAAAGGUGUAGCUCGGUUCUAUGCUUCGAAAAAGAAACACGUAAUUACAACACAGACUGAACACAAAUGCGUACUGGACUCUUGCCGAGCACUGGAGGCUGAAGGAUUUACUGUUACAUACUUGCCAGUCAAUACAAAUGGUAUUAUUUCAUUGGAGGAAUUAGAAAAAUCAAUAACGCCACAAACAUCUAUAGUUUCUGUAAUGACUGUAAAUAAUGAGAUAGGUGUUAAGCAACCAGUUGCUGAAAUAGGAAGGCUAUGUAAAGCAAAAAAAGUGUUCUUCCACACUGAUGCUGCUCAAGCAGUUGGAAAAAUUCCUUUGAAUGUGGAAGCAAUGAAUAUCGAUCUAAUGUCUAUAAGUGGUCAUAAAGUCUAUGGUCCUAAAGGUAUAGGAGCUAUUUAUGUAAGAAGACGACCAAGGGUACGAAUUGAAGCAAUUCAAAGUGGUGGGGGACAGGAACGUGGUAUACGUAGUGGUACAGUACCAACACCAUUAGCCGUUGGUCUUGGAAGAGCCUGUGAGAUAUCUGAGCAAGAGUUGGAAUAUGACCAUGCCCGAAUUGAUUGGUUGAGCAAAAGACUAAUGGACCGAAUUUUUAGUGAACUAACACAUGUUAUACGGAACGGAGAUCCUAUUCAUAUGUAUCCAGGUUGUAUCAAUUUGUCUUUUGCCUAUGUGGAAGGUGAAUCUCUCUUAAUGGCAUUGAAAGAUGUUGCCUUGUCCAGUGGGUCAGCAUGUACUUCAGCUUCUUUAGAACCAUCGUAUGUUUUGAGGGCUAUCGGUGCAGAUGAAGAUUUAGCACAUAGUUCUAUAAGGUUUGGAAUAGGUAGAUUUACAACUAAAGAAGAAGUCGAUUAUACUGCAAAGAAGUGCAUUGAUCAUGUUACUAGACUCAGAGAGAUGAGUCCUUUGUGGGAAAUGAUUCAAGAAGGGAUUGAUUUGAAAACAAUUAAAUGGUCUCAGCAUUAACUUGUAACCGUUCUGCACUAAAUUGCAAAUUUUUUAUUCUGUAAAAUAGUUAUAAUCAAUUCUAUUUUAAAUUUUAAUUUUAUAUAAAUAUGUUCAUAAGUUAGACUUAUGAUAGAGAUUUGUAUGUUUUUUUUUAGUUUAGAUAUAAGAACUGAAUAUUAGAUUGAUACGGAAAAUGUUUAGAUAUAAUAAAUACUUUUAUCUAUAGCAAUAUGAAAUUAAAUAAAAUAUAUCUAUUUU